CAUAGUAACUUUCUGGGCGCAAAAACAAGUGGCGGCAGCUCAUCUAUCCAAAUUUAUAGCACUCUUUCACUUUUUAGAGCUAGUGCCAUACAAAGAAAUGGAAGAAGAUUCUCCAGAAAGAUCUGGAGCACAAUCUCGCGUUUCAAGCGCAGCCUCCUCUCAUUAUAACGAAGAAGAUCAUGGGGAUGAAGACGGCGAAGUGAGAGCUUCUCCGACGUCACUUGUAAGUCUGCAGUGACACUUUAUACUUUAGCUUACGAUUAGCUCUUUCCAUAAGAAUAAAUGGUUAUAGGUAACGCUGUGUCUUUUUUUACUCAGAAUAUGUCGUGGUCGUUUGGCGUAAACAAACAUGUCCCAGUUCACAAUUUGUCAGAUGGGAAUCGAAAGGUAAGAGUGAAAAUUAAAUUUGUCACGAAUCUGUUUUGAGUAAAGAGUCUUCCAUACAGAUUAGGUGCUUCCUAAUAACACAGUUUUUUGGCUUUCAGGUGGCCUUAUUUGUGUGUGCACAUGUCGGUGUUAUGUUUGACUGGGACGGAAAUAAACAACAGCUCCUUCAAGGGCAUGUAAGCUUCUCACUUGUAUUGGGCUAUUGCAUUUAAUAUCCGUACCCCCCUCCCCCGGUUGAGGACUUACAUUGUACCUUUCCCUCUUACCCCUGAAGAUUAAAUAAAAUUGCUUUCACCCCUGAAGACUUCCAUAAAAUAUGGAUCUUCCCCCAGUCAAUUGCUGAAGAAUAUGGUUGAAGAAUGUGGGUCAACUCCCGAAGAAUAUGGGUCAGUCCCUGAAGAAUUUCAUGAAAAUGAAAGCUUCUCCGUGGAAGAAUUCCAUAUUUUUUCACUCUGCUGGCUAAGACAUCCUCAAUUUUUAUAACUUACCCCUGAAGAAUUCCAUUGGUCCUCAACCAAGGGGGAGGGGGGUACAGAUAUUAAUGCAAUAGUGCAUUUUGAAGAUGGAAUUCAUUCUGCUGAAUGCUUUUUUAUGUACCCGUUUGGGAGCUGUGCAGUUCUGUCAUUGAGGGCUGUAACCCGUAACACCUUUUAUGGUUGAGCUCACUUGAUGUUAUGGGUGAUCAAAGUGGAAAGCCAAGGAUGGCGCUAUCAAUUUUUGUGAGAUGUUACGGUUGAAUCUUCAGUUGAUACAGCUGCUUAAAAACUUAAUGACAGCCCUGCUGUGCACUAUUAAGUCUUUUAAUGGUGCUUUUUUAUUCCUUGCUAUGUGUUUACCAAGUGUAAUGCUAUCAGCUGUACUUGUGUCAGUGAAGACAGGAGGUGGAUUGCAACAGCAGACAGAGGCAAGGACAGUAUGGUCAUCAUUUGGGACUCAUUUACAACGUAAGAUUAUAGAAUAUAUUUUGUAGAUGCGGUUAUUGCAAUAAACAACAGUGUUAUUGCUCAGCAGCCUGGGGAGGCGGGGUCUGGGUUUGGGGGUAGUUCUAUAAAAUUACUCUAGGGGUGUGCUGUUGAGUCUUUGCACUCUGGACCUGUUCCACAGAAAAUGAGAUGGAUUGUCAAUAAUCACGAUAAUCAUCAUCAUCAUCAUCAUUUUAUAGAUUCCAUGUUGUUGUGCAUCUGUUCAGUAGUAGAUCACGGAUGAUGUCAAAUGUGGUAAAAACAAAGCAGUGGCACACGAGCCGCAGGCAAGUGUGUCACUGAUGUUUUUACCACAUUUUGACGUCUUCUGUGAUCUAUUCCUGAACAGAUCCACAGCAAAAAUUAUGGAAUCUAUCAUUACUUUGUUUAAUACAGUGAUCAGAAUACUGAUACACAUAAGCUUACCUGCAUCAUACCGCUUGACUGUUCGAGGAUUUGUGCUAGUUUGGGCAUUUUUUAAGUCCCAAGUGUUAUUUUAGGUCUCGACUUCUUUUCUUUAUCUACAGUUUCUUCAAAAAGUUUUUCAAUGUCUUGACUUUCUCAAAGCAGAAUAAUGGUGAAAACAUUUUGCAAAACAGCGAGUCUCUUGUAGCGAUGACCCAGUUGCAGUUUAGGCAUUCUCAAGUUGUCAAGAACUCUUCCUGUUUCUAUUUCUCCAAUUUUUCUUUUUUUCAUUUAGCUCCUGCUAAACUUUCUACAGGACUUUCACUUGCUUCAUCCCAAAUUAUCUCACAAACAUUUCAAAACCACGCACCAUGUUAAGCAAAACAAAGAAAACAAGUUUCUCGUGACGUCCUCCAUUUAUCUGUACUCUGAUAGAUCAUGGGCAACAACCAAUCACAGCGCACGUAGCAUUCACAUCAUUGUAUAAAUAAUUAAAUAUUAUUGUAAUAAUGAUUAUUAUUCAUACAAUGUAUUAUUGUAAAAAGCUGUCAUACCAUAAGAAGUGUGUCGUUCAAAGUGUGUGUGAUAAGCUUAGCUUAGCUUGCUCCUCUUUCAGUGAGGUAGUUAUCCUUUAGAUUGAUUUUGUUCCUAUCAUAAUAUCGUAACAAAUACGUAACAUAAUUUAUAACAUUGUUUUUUUUACAGGCCGGGGUUGAUUAGUUUAAUAUAAUAUUAUUCUCUCUUCUUUAUGUGUGUAUUAUGUUCACAUUAAAAUGUGUAUGCCUCGCAGGAUUCCAGUUCAGACUAUAUUUGAAGCACAUUCUGAUGGCUGUGCUGCUAUUGCAAUGUCACCUGAUGCCAAGUAUAUCGCAACAAUAAGCAGCACACUCCCACAGGUACAUAAUAAUUUAUACACACCCUGUAUGAUAUCAGGAAUUGAAAAAACGUGAAUUCCAGCUUGUCCUUGGGGAAAGAAGCUCUCAUGUUUUGCUCACCUGGGGCCACUUCUUGCUCCUCUUAGUUUAUGUGUUUGUUAGAGCUUGACUUGCCUAGACCCUUACCCAAUGGGCAAGUAAGCUUUAAACGUUACUUGCCCAGCUGAAAAAUUUUACUGGUCCUGGACUAAUGGAAGGGACUUUUUUUUAAAGCCCUGAGAUACAUGUGAUGUUUUUGGUUUGUCUAUGUAAUGACUUCCUUUUAAUUAGUUGCUGUUGUUAUGGAAUAGUUGUGUCUGUUAACCAACUAUGUUACACAUUUUGCUCCGGGUUUGUUGAUAAAAAAAAUUUCUCAGCUCUUGCCCUGAGCAAUUGUAUUGAAAGAAGCUAUGUGUUUGACCUGAUUUAAUGAAUUACAUCACUUCAUGCACUGCAUGUAUUGUUGGUUUAGUGAUUAGUGAGUCAGGUCUGGAGGUCAACAGUUAAGCUUUUUCAUGUCUCCUUAUUAGAAAAUAAAUUUUCCGCUUUAUAAACAUUGUCCUCCUUUUACCUUGGUGGUGUAUGAAAUUAUACAAGCUCAGUGUAAUUUAUUAUUGUCUGCAGUAACUUUAUCUUUAACAAGCAUCCCAUCCAAGGUGGAAACUAAAUAGCAAUACUUCUUGGUUUGCUGUACCUCACAAACUGUAAAAAGCUCUCCUACAGCUAUGAGAGCCUACAUAGCUUGAGCACACCCCAUCUUACUUACUAUUAACACUAAUGUUAAUUGGACUGUGGGAGAAUUGGAUGUCAACCAGGAAACAGUCAAUCGUUUCAUUUAAUGAAAGAAUUAUUCAUCUGAAAUACAUUUACUUACUCAAGCAGCACAGUUACUGAAUAGUUUGAGUAUUAACAAUAUUGUUAUGAUUAAAGUGAGUAAAACUUAACUGAAAAUACAAGAUAGCAAACUGAAACUUACUUAAAAACUGAUUAACUGACUUUACUGCAUCUAUCACAGGUAAAACUGGUUAGCUGAUUAACAGAAAAUUCUUUGUAAUGGAACAAAUCAAAACGGUUAUGGCGUCAACACCGAAUUGAUAAGAAACUCCUGUUAAAUGCAGCUCUUUGUAAAACUGUAACUGCAGAAGUGAAAACCAUCUGCAUAACUAACUGAAGUAAAGUUGAGCCUGCACAUGCGCUAAUCAUGAGUUACACCAGUUCUCUUUCAUCAUUGUUAUGUUAUUAAUGAAAGUGUUUGUCCCUUCAGACUGUGUCUGUGUGGGAUUGGACCAAUAAUGGCGAAACACCUGUUUGUUCAACAACAUUGGAUGACAACUUUGGAAAGCAGGUCAGAGAUAAAGAAUGAAUUUGUUCUAAUGAUAUCCUGGUACAUUUUACUGAUGGUAUUUAAUUUCUUCAAGUCCUCAAAACCUGUUUACUAUCAAGUAAUGUUCUAGUUUUUGUUCUGUUUCAAUAGACGUAUAUCACAUUCAACCCUGAAGACACAAACCAACUUGUGAGCAACAGUGAAUCGCAAGUGGUCUUUUAUGCAUGGGUAAGCUCAAAGAUUGUGAUGAAACUAUUUAUGAAAGAGUUUUCUUAUUGCUUUUCAUGGCAUAACUAGCUUUUUGCAUUGGUGCAUUAUACAUGUAAGACAGUUACUCUUUGAGUGCCAAUCCCAACACUGCUCGAAGAUGACCUUGACAACCCUGGAAGGUACUUGUACAUUCACAAGGUAACCUCACUCUGAUAAAUCCGUGGAAUGCUUGCAGUGUACCUGACCUAUAUGUACCAGCUGGCUGGGAAGGAAGAAUGCAGUGAUCAACAAUAAUUUCCAUAUCUUUGUUACCUGCAAGGAUCAUUAAGCUGAUCGGUCAAAGAGGAUGUGAGGCUGUUAGCAGAUAGUAGCCCUUCAAACUCUGAAAGGCUACCACAAAGAAUGCUUGGUUAAUGACAGUGGCAGUGCUGGCUUUGUGAUUGUUUUGAGGUCAUCCAUGCCUAAGUUUCUUCUAGCUUAGUGUGAAAAAUGAAAUUGCUUCAUGUAAACUCAAUUCUUACUCCAGGGUUCUCAUUAAGUGCCAACAGCCUGUUAAAAAGCCAGCAACUUGGAGGUUUGAGUGGUCUACUCUUUAGGGAAAUAGGGUAAUGAGAGAGAGAGAGUGAAAGCCUGAAAAUGCCUAUACAGCAUUCAGUUACCAAGCCACCUACUUUUACUUUGUAGCCAUCUACUUGAAACUAAAUGAGAACUCUGUUACUCAGUUGGGCAGAUAAGGGGAUAUGUAGGGAAUUUUGUUGUUACUUUAAUUGCUUUAAUCAUGAAUAAAUUGUCCUUUUUAUCUAACGUCUAGGAUGACAAGACCCUGGAGUAUGUUGCUCCACCACUUACAGACAAGGUAAUGUAUGAAUCCAUUGUUGUUUUGCAAACUUUUGGAAAUACAGUGUAUGCUAUUUAUUUGUACUUAUGAUCAGUUGUUGAACUUUUGAACUCCUAAGAGUGCUCAAAAUCAAAAUUUAAGGGAAAAAUAGUCAUAGAGAGAAGUUACUGUAUUAAUUUUUAAAAACGCUCUUAAUAUAAAUUGUCAAUCAAAAUGUCUAAUGGUUCUGACUUCAAAUGUUGCUUUCAGGACUUCAAUCGUAGUGUCGGCCUGUACAGUCAGUCCAUUUUUCAGCUUCAGUCUCCCAGAGCCCUCACUGCCACAAGCUGUGGUAACAUUGUAGUUUGGGAACACGCUGGGGGUGACCUCAAGUGUAACAGAAAAGCCUUCAAGAUUGUCAAAUUGCAGGAAAAAGGUCUUACAGUCCUCACUACUACUGACAAGUAAGAAUCAAAGUAGUGUUAUUAAGGUGUUUUUAUACAGUUUUUAGAAGACUGUGCUAUACACUAUUCCUUAUUAGUUAAAGGAAGGUGGCCCUCCCUAAGUGUUUUUGGAUUGAAGUUUGAAAUCAAACAGUUUCUGGUAAAACUGAUAUUACAAUGGUAAUAAAAAACAAAAGAGUUCGAAAUCAGCAAAAUGUAAAUUAGGCCAACCUUGUGCUGCCAUUGAAAGUCCAACCUCUUGUGCAAGAAAAAUUCAAUUGGGUCAAAUUUCAAUAUAUUGUCAAGACAUUUCAAUCUUCAUUCUUUUUAUUACAGUAACAAAAGCACCAUAAUCAAAUUCUGUAUUUUCUAAAAAUUAAUAUUUUAUUAUUCAGAGUUAGUGUCACACUUAAAGACCAAGAGUUAUGUACCAACCCUUUAAGGUUGUAGUAAGGCUGUCUAGUGUAGUACUGUUGGGGUAGAUGUAUUUACUGGGUGGGGUAUAUGUUGUGGUUCAAAUUUUUCCUUGGUUUAAAAUUUUUCAAACCAGUUUAAUUUUUACUUUCCUUUUUUCUAAAAUCAAUUACCAUAAUCAGAGACAAAGAAAAACAAAAAAAAAAACAAAAAUUAAACUGGUUUGAAAAAUUUUAAACCAAGGAAAAAUUUAAACCACAACAUAUAUACCAUGUUUUUCAAAGUUUUGGUAACUAAUUAAAUUAUAUUAAUAUCCUUUUAUUCUAGGUACAUUGUGACAGGUGACAUUGCUGGUCAUGUGCGAUUUCUUGAUCAGCAGCUGAGGCUUACAAAUUGGUAUGACUGAUUUGUCUUUUGAAACAUGUCUAAAUGAAGAAUGCAAAAGUAGGUGGGGAAGUGGGUAUUGAGCCAUCACUACUGUCACUUUACAUUAAUUCAGUGAUCGUGGCAAGUAUUUUUGUGGAACGUUGUUGGGAUAAUUAGCACUGUUUAUUAAAAUGAUUGGUUCAAGAAAAUAUCUACCCCUACCUCAUGCAGGGUCACUGGAAAAGUUUCCCUCAGGCUUUCAGCCUGAUAUUUAAGCGAAACUAGUAUUUUUAGAGGGAGAGGGCUCAAACCAAAUGAACCCUCUAGCGGAGGAAGUUUGAGUAUUUUCUGGAACAACAUAAUAAUGAUAAUGAUAAUAAGAAUAAUUAUGAUAACAAUAACGAUAAUAAUAAUGACAUUAUGAUAAUGAUAAUAAUAAUAAUAAUAAUAAUAGUGGUAGUAGUAGUAGUAGUAGUAGUAGUAGUGGUGGUGGUGGUGGUGGUAGUAGUUGUAAUGAAAGUAAAAAUAAUAAUAAUUUCAUUGUUGAAUGUUAUUCUCAUCGCUGCUUUUUUCAGUUGACUGACUUGUCUUGUUCACCUAUUUUUGCCCUCUAAAUCCUUCCUUGUUUUAGUCAUUCCUAUAUACCACAAUUUACAGGUACAAACACUUCAAUGCAGGACCUAUUAAUGCAGUGUCAUUUUCUUAUUCACCCAAACCUGCUGAUGCACAGUAAGUCUAGAACUUAUAAAGCAGUACUUACCGGUAUGUUUUAGUAAACUGUUAUUAGCUUGUGAGCACAACUACUGACAGCCUCUGUGGGAAAAGGAAAAGCCCACUGCAGUUGAAACUUUCUGUACCUUGAUUCCCAAACUUGAAUCUUCAGUAAUUCAGUUCACAGGUCUUUUUGAGAUAAAAAAUAUUCCAGUUUACUUGUGUGUUGCAGUAAUUUUACAAGUAUGAUGAAGAAACGUACUGAAUUUAUUUAUUAAUAAUGUGUACAUUUCUUUUUUAGGACUCCACAGGAAAAAACAAACUUUCCUGCUAGCUCAACUUUAGAUGGCAGUCCAUUUUUGGUGAAUGAUUUUGUGAUCAGUACUUCAACAGCCAACAUAGCUCAUUUUGUUACCAAUGGAAGUGAACUUCAGGUAUGAACUUUCUGUUAAUGAGGUUUCCAGAUAGGAAAAUCACUGAAUGUUUCUUUUCAGUCAUCUACAUUAUUCAGGGUUUGCUUUUAUUAUCCCCAGUUAGCUGUAUUAGCUAAACUCAUCAACCUUUAAGUAAAGUUUUUCUGUUAAAAUUAAAGAAAGUUGUUAUCAGAAAGUCCAGUAAGCACACUUGAAGAAGCUUUUUCACAGUUGUCUAGUUCAUUUUGUUAGUAAUGCCAAUUACAUGACCUUUUUUGCUAUGGAAGUUGUGAAUGGCAAAAUUACAGCUUGAUGUCAAGCAAACAUGUCUCCUGUGCCUUAUAUUGAAUCUUACAAACAAAAAAAGUUACUUAAGACGUUAAAUAAACUGUUAGGCUAAGAAGUUUUCAACACCACAAUUGUAAUCCAUUUCAAUCUUUUCCUUCUCCAUACCUCCUUUUUGUAUUUGCUGUGCUUUUCGAGUUUUGAGUACGUAUCAAAAUUUUUUUCUCAGUUCGGUGGCGGUUUGCACUGUUUAAGUUUUGGUGAAUUUUGUGACACAGCGCCUUUUAUAACACACUGUUCUGUUGAUUUUGGAUUGCAGUUUAUUCGCAAGGAGCAUGACAGUGAUACUCAUGCAAUAGCUUGUCAUCCCUCAGAGUGAGUAUUUUAUACUGCACGUCAAGUAACAGCAGCAUCACCCUUAAUAUCAUGUUGGAUUCCAUGAUCUUUGACCUAGUUUAUUCCAAAUUUAUCAUGGUUAAACAGCUGUUGUUAUCAUUUCAGGCCAAGACUUUGUAUUGGAAGUUUUUCAGGCCUACUCCAACUUUGGGAUUAUGAGAAAAAGUAAGUGGAUAUUCUGUUCAUGUUUGUCACAUGAACCUAUUGUAGUUUAGUGGCCUUAGCUCCCAUGAGUAUCCUGUAGCUCAGUGGUAGAGCAUCUGGACUAGUAAACAGAAGGGUCACAGGUUCUACUCCCAUUGGGAGUACACGGAUUUUUUCUUCCGAGCCACGUGUGUCACUGACUGAAUAAACAUCUUUCUUUAAUAGUAUUCACCAGGCUUAAAAUUCACCAUCACAUUUGCAAUGCAAUAAUGUCUGUUAACUGUUUAAUCUCCAGUAUAGUGGGAUUAGACUGAGUUCAUUGAUCCAAACAGAUCAUUUGAAUUUUUAAAGUACAUGUAUUUAAGAGUUUUAAAAUGUUUUUUGUGUUGUCUGACAGAGAACUGCUGACAAGUCGAGUGUUUGACCAACGCCAGCUGAUGAUUCAGUGCAUGACUUUCAAUCCAACUGGAGAUCUUUUAGGUUGGUUGUCAGAUUACUUACAGCAUGUUACUUUCUUGUGUGAAGAUAUCAUUUUUUUCGCAAAAGCUUUCCUGGUAUUUAAUUGGUGGUUAAAUAAUAAUGUUUAACCUUUUUUUGUGUUUAUUCUCAGCUAUUGGAUUCACUAAUGGCAGUGUACGUAUUGUUGAUGGUUUGACACUGAAGGAAGAGGGGCGUGGAGAUGGACUUGCUGUGUUUAACCAUUGCCAUGACUGUAUCACUAACAUCAAAUUCUCUCAUGACUCAAACUACUUAGCGACCAGUGUGAGUAAUCAUAUCACAUUGAUAUAAGACCAGUCAAUAGUGUAAAUCUGCCUCGCGUUAAAAAAUAUGGUCAUGUGGCAUUUGUGGUUGAUUGUAUUUCAGUCAAACCUUACAUUCUCUAUCGUCUCUCCAUCAGGAAAAAAAUUACAAGUGAAGCCAAGAUAGAUCCUUAUCGCAGAAAUUGUUUUUGAUUGAAUUAUUGUAUGGCCAGUUUAAAUGAGUUUACAGGGUCAUAGCCCAAGGUUAUAAAAAUUGUCAGGUGUUCUUUGGGCUCCAGCAAGGUUCCAGAGGUUAUUAACAAGGCUUGAUAUGCCUUUAUUUCUUUGCCACCUUGCAUAAUUGGAUGGUUGUUACUGAUGUCUUGGACCUUUGCCACUGGUGGUGUUCAGGUCAUAAGGAGAGUAGCAUUGCUUGACAACUAAAGAUGUUGACAUAGGACAUCAGCCUGUCUCGGAAUUUUAGAAGUUUCAAGAUGAUAUUUCUUUUCUCUCAGGAUCUAGACCGCUGUGUAACAGUUUUCAAGGCUCAGAAAGAUGAUACAGACCAACCAUGGGUUUAUGUUGGCAAACAGAGAGCUCAUUACAAAACUAUUCAUGGUAAGAAAGACUGUAGUAACACCCUUGAAAAAUUGUUGUUUGUAAAUAUAUCAACAAAGGCUUCAGUGUUUCCAGUAUCCCCCAAAUUUUAUGCUGUAAAUCCUCUAAUAGGCCCCCUGGGGGCUUAUUUAUUUCAAGCACAUGAAAUAAGGGAAGGGGGACUAAAAAGAGGUGGGGAGGUGGGGGCUAGUAACUACUUCCCCAGAAAAAAAGGGGGGCUUAUUAAAGAGGGAGUACUUAUUUAAGAGGCGGCCUUAAUAGAGGAUUUACGGUAAAUAUGUUUGAUUCCUUAAAAAUUAGCCUAUCGCGGUUGAGUCCACCCUGAAGAAGACUUAACUGCAGUAAGAUAGACAGCUCUCUAUAUGACCAAAGAAACACCUUAAUUCUUUUAUUGAUUCAAUUAUUUUUUCUUAUCUACAGAUAUUAGCUUUGGUAUUGCUCUUGAUAGUGACGUACCUCGGCUUCUGUCGCUUGGCCAGGACAGAGUUCUGGUAUGUGUAUAUCCUUUUACACUGUCUUCAUUAGUUUUUCUUCAUAGUAGCCUCCCACGCAGGCAUUCUUAGGGCUUGAUCACGGAGGCAUGUUUUGAAGUUGUUUAUAUUCUCAUUGAAAGAUUUACUGAGGAGUUUGUUCUAAGAAAUUUAUGGACUUCAACUUUAAUGAGGCCUUUUCUGACCUUUUCUAGAGUCUCACACCAAAUUUCGCAAGGUCUAGAGUGUACAUCUCCUAGCUUUUGAAUUGCUCUGUGACUGGUCUACUUUUUUAACUGCUCGUUUCCUUAGAGGUUCGUUGGGGAUGAUUGCAUGACGAGCCUAAAGAAUGUCUGCGCUAGCUGUGUUGGAAGCUAAUUCAUAUGCUGUCAGUUGUAUGCAUACUUGAAUAUUAUGCUUCUCAUAGUGGCAGAAAAAAAUUAUUAUAUCCACUCAACACAUUCUUAGUUUCUUAAUCAUAUUGCAUCACGUAAAUUGUCUUAAUGGGUGGUCGAGUUAACAAGGUUACUGUAUGUUGCCAACCUUUGCUAAGGGACUCCCCUGCCCUUGUCUUAGAGGUGACUUCAACAUAGUAGUCUGCACCACAGGCGUUCUUUGUGUUGUAACACAAUGCUCCUCCCCUCCGGUGGGGAGGAGCGUUGCGUGACGACACAAAGAACGGCUGUGUAGCAGGCUAACAAGGUAGCGGUCUGACUACAUGUUCUUUGUCAUUUGUUUUGAACAAGGUGGAGUAUGAUCUUCUAAACAGCAGCACUGAUGACCUCCGUCUUAUCAGCUCAGAGAGAAUUGAACAAAGUGCUGUGCCUCAGUGCUUUGCUUGGUAUCCACCGAUCGUCAAGGAGAACUUCCUUUUAGUGGCUAACGAUCAGGUAAUACAUCUCUAGCAAUAAGGUCAAAUAGAGCGGGGUUCAUUGAAAUCGUUUCCUCAUUUCCUUUUUCACCAUAAAUUUGUAUAUUUUGUUCUCUUUGCAGUUUAAACUGAAGCUAUACAACUCGACUACAAAGAUGUGUAGACAAACUCUGUUGGGACCAACAUAUGGGACCCCUCUCAGGAGGUACUUGUUUCUACGUAAUGUCUUGCCCGUAUUAGUUUACGUACCUACGUCAUCAGUAUCUUCUCCCUCUCUCCCAUAGGGAGCUUGAGCAGAGGAGUUUGACAUUGAUUUCACUUAAAUUAGCUUUGCUUUAUGCAAACCCAAAGCAAUCGUGAAUAACCUUCAAUAUUGCCUUCGUAGCAAGCGUUUCCGAUGGAUUUACUGGCUCAAAGUUGGAACGAGAAUAUCCUGGCUCCAGAGGUCUGACUAUAGAUGAAAUAAACCGUGAUCACGAUGAUCUAUCAGGAAUUUCAGAAGAAAAAAAAUAACCUUUGGAAACCAGGGUAGAACGAGAGCAAAACAAAACAAAACAAAAAAAUGUAAAAAAAGGGGGGGUUUUAGGGCUCCCCUCCCUCUCCCUCUUCGUCCCUCUAUUUCGCAUCUCGUCAACUUUUUUGACGGACUCGCGCGGAAAUGCUUGCUACGCAGGUACCCUGGUGGCCCUGGUGCCGUAAAAUUUUCUUGGAAUUUCUCUCCGCUUAAUAGCCCCCCGCCCCCCUCCCCUCCGCCGCUCUCUCUCACGGGGAAAGAGGGACAAGGGUACCUACGAAAGCUGCCUUCAGUGGAAAUCCUCUUUAUUAUAACUUGACUGGUUUAUUGUGGCUUGUAUUCUCAGACUAAUCGUGCUUCCAUCAUAUGAGGACAGAACGACGCGAUAUCUUGCCUACAUCACAUUAGACAAGGUAAAGUGUGUAAAAAUGAGCUUUAGCACCGACAACGGCGACGGCGAAAACGUUUUUCAAACUUUUCCGCGUUUAUUCCAGUUCGCUUGAAAUGUCAAAUGAGGGCGAAUUUCCCUGGAGUUGAUUUCUUGGGGACCGCACUCAAGUUUAGAAAGAGAAAGAAAAAAUUGUCGUAGCUUGUUUACGUCCUCCAUAAAACGUGAAAUUAGGCAUUUCCGCGACGUAGUCUGCAGUGACGACAGGGGAAUGUACAAGAAAAGUGUGCUGCACGCGCAGGGUUGUUGUUUUGCUUGAUAAAACUAUUGCCUUUUUGACGUACUCGUUGCCUUCGCCGUCGUCGUUGCUAAAGCUCCCUACUGACUGUUCGCGAAGAAGUUGCUUUGGACGAGAGUGUCUGUAUUUUUUUUGCUGUCCUUCUUCAGGUUGGCCUUCAGAUUUUACCGUUGGAUGGCAAUCCACAUAAAACCAUGGCGUUAAUAGCUCAUCCAGAAGGCGUAAGUCUUUUUCUUAAACAUCAUACCGGCUUGUAUCUUCUGAGCUAAAUUUAUUUGCUUUAAACUAACUUAAACUAUUUUUGUCCCCGCCCUAUAAAUUCUGCUUAGCUCUUUUUUUUUUGUUACUUUUUUCCUAAAAAUAAUGUUGAGAUUUGAUGUAUUCAUGUAUUAACUUUUGUGCAAAAAGAUAAAAUAAAAACGGCUUGUGUUUCGAACGCUAGGAAAUUGUUAGAGAACAUUGAGACGAGGUCAAUAACCUUGAUAAAGUGUACUUUUUAUUUCAAGUACACCAAAUUAUCUAUUUAUUUGUAUGGCAAACAACCACACGAGGUGAAAUUUACUAAUAGGAUCUCGAAACCAAAAUGUCAGAAUGCGAACAAGCUUGCCAUUUGAAAGUGCUCUGAGGUAAGAGUUCACACACUAGGGAUAUUUGGGGGAUAUGACUGCAAUAGCUACUUUGGGUUUUGUUACUGUUUUUUCUUUCUUUCUCAUAGGUGUCUAAUUUAGUGUGCUCAUAUGAUGGGAAAUACGUUUUCACUGCUGGUGGAGAAGACUGCAGUGUAUUAAUGUGGGACAUUAACCUAGAGUAAGUGUUUAACGUAUUGAGUGUGUUCGAUAGCCAGGCUAAGAGUCAUAGGGUGCAGUGUAUCCCUCAACAAGCAAAGAAUCUGAGGGCUAGACUUUCUCAAAGUCGUUCGCUUGGUUUUCUGGUCUGGUGUGGUAGCUUUCGCUCGCUCGCGCUUCGCGCUCGCUCGCUCGCGCUCCGCGCUCGUACGAUCGCGCUUCGCGCUCACAGUCGCGCUACGCGCUCAAAAGCUCGACUUGUGAGCAAGUCUAUCUGAGGGCUAUCUCUAGUGUGGAUAACACAAAAGUCGAAAAGCAUGUUCAGGUUUAAAGAUUUUGUUACUUAUGUCAACCUUUCUUUUCUGGAUUCCGAAAGCUCUGCUAAACUUUAUGAUGUUGAAGAAUAAUUUUUUUCCUGUAACAUUUCCCAACAGCAGAAUCUUCACUCUGUUAUUUCACCCUUGUUUUCAUUCUCCGUUAGUGCACUGGAAGCGGCGGCCGCCCUUGGAGGAGAGGGACUGAUCCCAUUUUAUGGCCUCUUAGAAGGUGGUCGAGAAGGCGAACUGUUCGCUGAACUCGAGGAUUAUUUCUAUUACGCGCAGAUUAGAAGGUCAGUUUGCCUUAGAUUGUUCACUGAUCUUUCUUGGAAGACCUUUUUCUUUGUAAUGUUCUCGUUUAUUAUGCUCAAAAGUUAUCUUUGUUUUAUCCUGUAUAAAUACGUGGCCUUAAUUUGGUUGAUAUGUCACUCCGUCCGCCUAUGUGCAAAUUAAAUUUGCAAAUUGGCGGAGCUAUAAUGUUUAGACCUUACAAUUAGCGAAAGUAAACAAAAUUCAAUGUCCUUCCCCUUUUGACUUUCUUAUUUUAGCCAAGGUGUGGACACGACAGACACCAGGCAGGUAUCGACCAAAGUUCCUUUGGCUCAGGUGCCCUACAUUAUGCGAGCCUUGGGGUUCUACCCCACCGAACAGGAGGUAUGUUAUUACUGUUAUUACGAUUUAGUCAUUGCACACUUGUCUAAGGUAGCAUACCUGCCAUCUUCACCACAUCAAAAUAAUAUGUAAUUUUUCUGGGAUGUGAUUGUCAGCAUGUGCUGAAAAUUAACGGAUUUAUAUCAAGUUUGUCUUGGAACUUUAAGAGGUUGAUCAGACGGUCGAAUAUAUCCAAAGGUUUCGAGUCUUCCCCACAACGUAGAAAUUCCAAAGAUGUCAUAGGGUUUCUGUUCGUAAUACUUAGAGCACUCUUCCCUUAUUAAGAAUCCAACAGCAUUUCUACUCUUGGAAGGGAUCCUUCAAUGCUACAAUCGGUGACAAAAUUAUUAGAACAUUUCUGACGUUUUGCCAACUAUAAAAAGGGGGAAUAUAAAGCUUUCCCGCCCACCUCCUCCACGCAAAGUUGUAGUGCUGUUCGAGCAACCUGUUGUAGACAGCGGACACCCAAACUUUGAAUGGAGGGGAGAAAGGAGGGGUGUGGACUGUUUUGUGUUCUCCGAAGUUACCUCAUUUUAGGACAGUGUCUCAACAAUUUUGUCGUCGAUUGUAGUUUACUUCUAGAGAAUUUCCUCUAUUGUUUUCUCGUUUUUUCCAGAUCGAUGACAUGAUUAACGAAUUGAAAUUUCGUGACUACGUUGCUACUGGGAAAUACGUUACUGAAAUCGAUCUUGGUCAAUUCAUUAGACGUAAGUAUUGUACAAAUAACUGAAACAUGUGGUACACUUGUACUAUGACUUGCAACACAACAAAAAAUCCAACGUUUUACUAUGCCGUCAGACACAACAGUUUAACAACAGAGUAACGCAAAGUGUACCUAAAUUUGAGAUUCUAAUUUUCGGUGGCCGUUGCUGAUGUACGCCUGGAAAUAUACAGGUUACCUACCUUUAAUAUGCUCUUUCAGUUCCUGCUAACAAAGUUUUCCAAAAGUGAACUGUUUUCGUGUCCACAGAAAUUUUUUUUACGUGAUCAACUAUUGCAAAAGGCCUAUAGUAUGUGCGUGUUGUGAUUGGUCAUAGGUAUCACAAUGGUUUUGGUUUGACGUUCAACUAAAAACCCAUGUGAAGCCUUAUCGUACAUCGUAUUUCCAACCUAAAAGCUCCUCUGUUGUUAUGUUACAGUGUACGUUAAUCAUCGUCCAGCCUUCGGGUUAUCGCCGUUUGACUUGCACGAGGCAUUUAACAAACUGGGAAUUCCAGGUGACCAGGGUUUCGCUAUUGACCGUGACAGACUUCUUUCUCUGCUCCAGAACAAAGGUAUGGAACUAACGAUAGUCAGGAUAUUUAAAAAGGAAGAAGUCUCUGUACUCUCAGUCAGUACACUGAUGUGUAAUCGGUUAAAAACCACCCCUCACGUUCAAAUAACUCCGGGUCAGUUCCAGUUUAGGGCCUUUGUCUGACAGCUUGUUCUUUCGAGCGUGUCGAUUCCUCAAAUCAUGCAGUGUAGAUUUCGGGGAUGUUACGUUAUGCUAGUAAGGGUGGGCGUCUUGGUCGACAGUGGCCCAGUACUUUUACGACCUGCCCAACCGUGUUCGCGGGGCGCCUCUCUGAGGAUCUUCGCUGACGAUACCUGUUAAAUCUUACUGCUAAAACUUUACCAACUGGCAAUCAUUCCUGAACUCAGUUAACCUUAAGCCUGCGUAGCUGGCGGGAUUUGCAGGCGAGUGCUGUAGUAUCUUUUGCGGCGGAGCCGCGCGAAGAUUGGACGCAAGCCGAGAAAGUAACCCCGCGCAUAACAAUGGGCCCUUUGCAGCGGUACAAAACUGCCACGCUGGAGAGCAAAGGACGCAUUGUCUUGGAGAAAACAAACAAAGGAAAUUAUUUUUUUAAAUGAUGUGAGCUCUGUGUUUUUAAAUAGUCCCAGUGUGUCCUUUGCUCUCCAAUGGCGGUUUUGUACCACGUGAAUGACUAGCUGCAAAGGGCCGAUCCCGCCAACUAUGACGGCUAUGUAACCUUAAUCGAUUUUCCAAAGCCAACAGUUUCAUUGUUAAUGUGGCAUACUCAAUGUGACAAGAUCGGCAGAUCGAUAUCGAAAAGGAUGAGGGAAUGACCUAACAAAUGAGCUAACAAAUCCCUACAUAUCCUUAGAACGCUGCGCAAAGAAGGGUACAAUCAGUCAGAAAUAGACCUUCUCUUUAAUACUAUAGUUCUACCUAAUAUUAAUUACGCAUUAUCUGUCUACGCCGCGUCCGAGUCCGAUCUUACACCCGGACAAUGUUUCUUAGACCGCUGUUUUAAAAGGAAAUAUACGUCUAAGCCUGUAAGUGUUUAUGAUUUCUUAGAGAGGCAAGACCGUAAAAUUUUUAAAAAAGUUUUUAAUGCCAAAGGACAUCCACUUUUAUCUAUUAUGCCUCGUGUUAAACCCUCCAGCUACAAUCUUAGAAAAGAAACUAGUUUUAAACCUAAGAUUAACACUAUGCGCUUUAAAAACUCUUUUAUUAAUCGUUUAGUUUUUAAAUAUGAAUUAGCUAUGUAAUAUACUAGAUAUAUAUACCGGUAUAUAUCUUUUAUUUCUUACUUUUUAACUUUUUAAAUUUCUUACACUUACUUGUAACAAAAGAUAUGUAUUUUUAUCUCUUGAUGAAUAAAGACUUUAUUAUUAUUAUUAUUAGUUGAUCAUACUGGGUCGAAAAUUCGCUUUCCGGUACUACAAAAGCUCCACCUUAAUUAUUUACGUUCACAACUCUUCCCCGUUUCUUGUUCUUCUUAAUGAUUUUUUUUUGGUCUGCUUUUUAUAGGCGAGCACAUGACAGAAGGCGAGAUGGCCGAGUAUAUGUCUACCUUACUGGGUAUUGGAGAAUUAGGUGGUAGCGCGGAGACUGGAACUUACGACGCAUCAAACGCAGCCGAGCUGUUAAGAGUGCAUCUGCCAGAGAACAUAACUGCUGAUAAUUUUGCGGCACAAGUUUUGGGUUUUCUAACCGAGGGAGAGGGGACAGUUAGUACCACCUGAAAACGAGUUUUGUUACAGAUUUUAUUUAAUUGCAUAGGCAUUCGAACAAUACAGAAAAGAAACUGUUGUUAGGUUUGUGUGUUUUCUGUCUUUUCACGAUAAAACGCGCAAAGCUCUUAUCUUCCUAGCGUAAAAACUUUAAAUUAACACCUCGCUUCAUUGUAAAUAUGUAUAUACGUGCACAAUCUCCACGUGUGUAAAAACUAUACAUUAGAAGAACCAGAUUCUAAUAAAGUUGUAUGUAUG